GAAAACAAAGUGAACGCUUACCACUGUCACUGGUCUCCUCUGAAGAUUCACCCAGGAAAAAUUCUCUGCUGAAUGUGGUCUGGAUGUCUGAGCCCAGCAUGCCUUGAGAAAGCCUGUGGUGGCCGUGAGCUUCGUCACAGCCUUCCUCUUCCUGCUGGUUGUGCGCCUGGUCAACGAAGUGAAUUUCCCAUUGCUUCUAAACUGCUUUGGACAGCCUGGGACCAAAUGGGUGCCGUUCUCCUACGCACACCGGCGGCCCCUGCGCACGCACUACGGCUACGUCAACGUGAGGACCCAAGAGCCUUUGCAACUGGACUGUGACCUAUGUGCCAUCGUGUCAAACUCAGGCCAGAUGGUUGGACAGAAAGUGGGAGAUGAGAUAGACCGGUCUGCCUGCAUUUGGAGAAUGAACAAUGCCCCCACCAAGGGUUAUGAGGAAGACGUUGGCCGCAUGACAAUGAUUCGAGUUGUGUCCCAUACCAGUGUUCCUCUUUUGCUAAAAAACCCAGACUAUUUUUUCAAGGAAGCAAACAAUACUGUUUAUGUUAUAUGGGGCCCUUUCCGCAACAUGAGGAAGGAUGGCAAUGGCAUCGUUUACAACAUGUUGAAAAAGACAGUUGAUGUCUAUCCAAACGCCCAAAUCUAUGUGACCACAGAGAAGCGCAUGAGUUACUGUGACGGAAUUUUUAAGAAGGAAACUGGGAAAGAUAGAGUCCAGUCUGGUUCCUAUCUCAGCACGGGCUGGUUUACCCUCAUCCUGGCUAUGGAUGCCUGUUACAGCAUCCACGUCUACGGGAUGAUAAAUGACACCUACUGCAAGACAGAGGGGUAUAGAAAAGUCCCUUACCAUUACUAUGAGCAAGGAAGAGAGGAGUGUGAUGAGUAUUUCCUUCAUGAACAUGCUCCAUAUGGGGGACACAGGUUUAUCACCGAAAAGAAAGUGUUUGCCAAGUGGGCCAAGAAACACCGAAUAAUAUUCACACACCCAAACUGGACAGUGUCUUGACGUGGCUUCUGGGGUCUGGACACAUAGUGAAUCCUCAUCAUGAUACUGCAACCGGGAUGCUGGCGGAGCUCACGAUGACGAUGCCUGGAGGACAGUGACAACGAUGCGGUUCCUGAACAUUCUCUCUUAUGGAUGGUGACUGGCUAGCCAUUUGAACUGGGGAUUCUGUGGAAGGUGGUAGCAUUCAUUCUGCUCUUACUGAUGGUUCAGUACUCCACACAGCACUUUAUAAUUUAACUGGAAUUGAAAUGAAGGUUGGUGGCAUAAACAACCGUGACUUAAAACAUGGGAAGGUUAUCUUCCAAGGUAGCAGCUCAGAACUCUUGAACGGUAACUUCUAGAGCCAUGCUCCUGGCCUCAUGAGGCGAGGUCACUGGGUGCAUGGCCUCUGCACCAGGGCAGCUCCACCACCAUGAAGAAAGGCUGGUUGCUCAACACUGCUCUAAGGAAUGCCGUCAGGGUACAAGUGUCUACCACAGUGAGCCCAAGCGAGGGAAGUUAGGGCUUUCUGACAUACGUUCUGCCCUCAGAAUGUCAGAGCUCCAGCCUCAUGCCAGUAACUGAUUAACAGUAAAGAGACCAUGUAAUCCCUACAUGUCAACUACCUGUGACUAUCUCAAACACUUGAUUCAAAAAAUACAAAGUAACACAUCUCGAUGACUUUCCACACUGAUAACUUCAUCCUUACUACUCAAAACAAUGUAACUAAACACAUUAUUAGAAUGCAGUAUACUAAUGUUUAGUUAUUUUGGUUGAGUAAUAAACAUUUCAGAAGGUUCUUUAACAUGCUAGAUACCAACUUCAACACUGUAAUAACACAUACUGUGAAAACAUUCUCAGAACAUAACCAUAGGAUCUCCACACUCUGCUUCCUCAUCUGACAGUACUAAAUUCCAUGCUUUUAAAGACUCACAACACAGGGAAAGCAAAGCAUAUUUUUACAUUAAUUUGUAUCCUAUCAUACUUCAUAAUAUAUAUUUGUAUAUUCAAAUUUCUAUUUUAUAGACCCAAGAAGUGUCUCUCCACAUAUUGCAUUAUCUUUGCCAAGUGCCAACUGUUCGACAUGGAUGAUUCCUCACAUGAAAUCUGACCAGAGGGUUAGCCUUCAUUGGGUUAAUCUUCCCCAUGGUGUUCGGGUUGCUGUGACCCACAAAUGACAAUGGUAAUGACCUUAGUGCUUUGUCCAAAGGGCUUUGUCAUUACAGUCCUCUCACACAUGGCUGAUGCCCAACACCACUGGUUUGGAGGGUUGCUUGCAUGUUCUGCCAUCUCUAGCAGAUGACCUGUAAUGUGUUCAUUAUGCUGAUGUAGUCCAGGUUGCUCUAUUUGCUAAUAUUUGUAUAGAAUAGAACUCACAUACACUAGUAACCUAUUGAUUUCAGUGCCAAAUAUAACAGAUCAAGAUUAUUCAAAAAAUAUCACAUGGCAGUCUUGGUCAUAGACUAGGAAUCCUGUGAACUUGUGAUUUUUUUUUUUUUUUCAUAGCUUUGUUUAGGUGAAAGAAAGACAAGGACACAGAGACAAUAGGAAGAAAUGAAAGCAGGAAAGUACAGUGUCUUGGCCUUGAGACAGGCUUGAAACAAUUCUGUUCUCAUAAAGCCUUGAUUGUUAAGUGUUGCAAGUUGAUUAGCUGAGAGUAGCAGCCUGGAGUUCAAAAACAUCCUAACACAAUGGUUCAAAAGACCAAAGUCAGCUUGAACUUAACUAAUGCUUUGGAAGCUGGAAAUAAUGAUGCAUUUGCCUCAUGAAGGGUCAUGAUGAGUUGUUAAAAUGUGCCAUUUUUCCUGCCCUCUUCUGCCACUUUGAUAUCCCCUUGCCCACAUCCAUAAAUAUUACCAUGCCCCACUUACAUCACUGGAGAGAGUGAUUAUUCUUUUCUGUUUCCUUGUGUGAUUAUUAGUUUUAUGAAUGUUAGUGUUUUUUUUUUUUUAUUUUUUAGAGCUAAUAGUGGAUAGCAAUCUCCACUCAAGGGAAAAAAUAAAGACAAACGUGAAAACUGUAAUUCUGACUGCUCUCUCUGUCACGAUACACAAGUUCCACUUCUAAAUAAACACAAAUCCUGGAUUAA